AGGACGCCCCGGAACUCCGCACAGCGCCUCCUCCGGCCCCGCAGCCGCGAUCCGCGCACCUCUACGCCUCCGCCGGCCCCGCGCCCCGCCCGCAGCCGAGAUGCUCGCCCAAGCCCUGCUGCUCUGCGCCGCCGCGGCGCUCUGCGGUGCAGCAAAUCCUUGCUGUUCCCAUCCAUGCCAGAAUCGAGGUGUAUGUAUGAGUGUAGGAUUUGACCAGUAUAAAUGUGACUGUACCCGAACAGGAUUCUAUGGUGAAAACUGUACCACACCUGAAUUUCUGACGAGAAUAAAAUUACUCCUGAAACCCACUCCCAACACAGUGCACUACAUACUUACCCACUUCAAGGGAGUCUGGAACAUUGUCAAUAAUAUCUCCUUCCUGCGAAAUAUGAUUAUGAGAUAUGUGUUGACCUCGAGAUCACAUUUGAUUGACAGUCCGCCAACUUAUAAUGUGCACUACAUCUAUAAAAGCUGGGAAGCCUUUUCUAACCUGUCCUAUUACACCAGAGCCCUUCCUCCUGUGCCCGAUGACUGCCCAACACCCAUGGGUGUGAAAGGGAGGAAAGAGCUUCCUGAUUCAAAAGAAGUUGUGAAAAAAGUACUUCUAAGAAGAAAGUUCAUUCCUGAUCCCCAAGGCACAAAUAUGAUGUUUGCAUUCUUUGCCCAGCACUUCACCCAUCAGUUUUUCAAGACAGAUUUUGAACGAGGACCAGCUUUCACUAAGGGAAAGAACCAUGGGGUGGACUUAAGUCACAUUUAUGGUGAAUCUUUAGAGAGACAGCAUAAGCUGCGCCUUUUCAAGGAUGGAAAAAUGAAAUAUCAGAUGAUUAAUGGAGAGAUGUACCCUCCCACAGUCAAAGAUACUCAGGUCGAAAUGAUCUACCCACCUCAUGUUCCUGAACACUUGAAGUUUGCUGUGGGCCAGGAGGUCUUUGGUCUGGUGCCUGGUCUGAUGAUGUAUGCCACCAUUUGGCUGCGGGAACACAACAGAGUGUGUGAUGUGCUUAAACAAGAGCAUCCAGAAUGGGGCGAUGAGCAGUUGUUCCAGACAAGCAGGCUAAUCCUGAUAGGAGAAACUAUUAAGAUUGUGAUUGAAGACUACGUACAGCACUUGAGUGGCUAUCACUUCAAACUGAAGUUUGACCCAGAGCUGCUUUUUAACCAACAGUUCCAGUACCAAAACCGUAUUGCUGCUGAGUUUAACACGCUCUACCACUGGCAUCCCCUUCUGCCUGACGUCUUUCGGAUUGAUGGCCAGGAGUACAACUAUCAGCAGUUUAUCUAUAACAAUUCUAUCUUACUGGAACAUGGUGUCACUCAGUUUGUUGAAUCUUUCACCAGGCAAAAUGCUGGCAGGGUUGCUGGUGGUAGGAAUCUUCCAGUCGCAGUAGAGAAAGUUUCAAAGGCUUCAAUUGACCAGAGCAGAGAGAUGAAAUACCAGUCUUUUAAUGAGUAUCGCAAACGUUUUCUGCUGAAGCCCUAUGAAUCAUUUGAGGAACUUACAGGAGAGAAGGAAAUGGCUGCAGAGUUAGAAGCGCUCUACGGAGACAUAGAUGCCAUGGAGCUGUAUCCCGCCCUUCUGGUAGAGAAGCCUCGUCCAGACGCCAUCUUUGGGGAGACCAUGGUAGAAGCUGGAGCACCAUUCUCCCUGAAAGGACUUAUGGGUAAUCCUAUAUGUUCUCCUGAGUACUGGAAGCCUAGCACUUUUGGUGGAGAAGUAGGUUUUAAAAUCAUCAACACUGCCUCAAUUCAGUCUCUCAUCUGCAAUAACGUGAAAGGCUGUCCUUUUACCUCAUUCAGUGUUCAAGACGCGCACCUCACCAAAACAGUCACCAUUAAUGCAAGCUCUUCCCACUCUGGACUAGAUGAUAUCAACCCCACAGUCCUCCUAAAGGAACGUUCAACUGAACUGUAGAAGCCUAGUGAUCGUAUUUAUUUAUUUAUAUGAACUGUUUCUUUUAACUUAAUUAUUUAAUAUUUAUAUGAAACUCCUUGUGUUACUUAACAUCUUCUGUUAAGGAGAAAAGGGGGUCAUACUUGUGAAGAUUUUCAUGUUGAUUUUAAAGAUGUCGAAGUUUCUUCAAGUUAAAGGGGAAAGCAGUUUUCAUUCUUCUGUACAAUCCAAUGGGAGAUGAGUAUGACAUCUUUCUACUUGAAUUUCAACUUAUAAUAAGAACAAAAGCUAAGUUUGAACACUUAAAUGCUGUUGCAAGAUGACAAAAUGCUGCACAUUUCGACACUAUCAAUAUUUCCAGGGUGUCUCCUAUGAUGCAUGAGAAACAGCUGUCUACUCACUGGUCCUUUAAUGGUCUUCUUUUAGCCAUUUUCACAUCAGUUUACUUCGUCUAUUUUGUUUUCCUGGUUUUAAGGUCUGAGUGUGUGUUUUUUGGAUUCUGCCUCUACUUUCUUACCUGAACUUAUGCAAGUUUUCAGGAAAACCUCAGCUCAGAACUACUACAAAAGGCCUUUACAAAAAGGUAUACAUUCAUUUUAAGUGAAAGGCAGAGAACUCUACAAAUAAACUAUAACCUAAUAAAGAGCCCAAUACCUUAGAGCCCUAGGGAGUUCUUGACACCAAGAAAGUAUUCCUAUUCUAAUUAAUGUCUUUCCUCAUUUAAAAGCAAAUAAUUGCCGAAUAGUUCCCAGGAAGACAAUGUUUCUUUUCCACAUCUCAUUGUCAGUUGACAUUUUCUGGUACUGUAUAUUAAUUUAAUUUAUUGAGGGCUAUUAUGUCUUCUUAGGAUGACUAUUAUAAACUGGGUUUAAGGCUGCAUGGUGGGUUUUUUUGGCAUUAUGUCAGAAUCAAUGUAUCUUUUAGGAUUACCUCUCUGAAUUAUUACUAUAAGAUAAAUGUUUGGAUUAAGAUUUGUGAAAACAUGUUAGGAACCCAACUCUGGUAUAUUGAGACGUAAAGCUGGAAUUCGUCUUUAAGGUUUACCUAUUCACCAGCCCACAGAGAACGCUGUCUCAUUACCCUGGAUGUGCCAUAACACUGACAGUGUAUACAUUUUUGAAGGACUUGCAGAUGUUUCAUUAAUUCAUUCACCCCUAACUUUCUGGAGAAACAUUCUUUACAAAGCACUGUGGGUCUUAAUAUUUUUAAAUCAUGCACUGAAAAUCAGUAUUUAUGUAAAUAAUUGAAAAAGUAUGCCUGUUAGGCAGAGGGAGAAAAAUGAAAUUUCAUUAAAGAGAAAUAACUCAGGGGAACUUUCAAGAUUUUAUGUUUAAAUGAUUUAUGGUUAAGAAAGAGUCAAUAGUAGAAGAGCUUGUAUUAAAAAACUGUUACCUUCGUUGAUUUUUUAAAAAAACUGAUUUGUUAAUAUCUGAAUGACUGAAUCUGGGAAUUUGGAAUAUGUGAGUGUUUUGGUGCCUCAGACUAUGUAUGAUUAAAUUAAUUUAUGUAAACUGUAAGUGUUGAAACAAAUAGCUGUUUAUUUUUGUAUUAUUUAAAAAUUGAAAACCUCUUCUAAAAUAAAUUUUGACUGUUUCUGUA